AUGAACCUUCCGAAGACGAUGAGAACACAUCCUGUGUUCUACGUAGGCUUACUUAAUCCAUACCUCAACCCUGCCUCGGUGGACUUCGAGGAUUUGUCCCCGAAUCCCCGGCCGAAGGAGGCGGGUAGUACCGUACCGGAGGUGCAUAUGGACGCUGAAGGCGUACCAGGAGGUCAAUCUGACAUCGCAGUUCGGCCUGAGAAUGCUCAAUUGCCGUUAAGCGAUCCGAGGUCUCAGAGCGAUAACGCUCAAAAGACCGACGGUGUCGAUCGACACGGUCAUCGAGCGAUGACAGGUGAGACCUCACCGAUGCAAGGGCAUCACGCUCCAGGAGCGUCAGGCGACGCUCAAUCUGAGAGAGAUGAGAUGUCAAUGGAUCAUCGACCUCCUCAGACGCUGAUUGAUGAGCAUAAUCAUCAACAGUUCCACGUGGAAAGCCUCUUGGAUCGGUGUCGUCACCUGUGUCAUACCCAAUACUUGGUGAAGUGGAGGGGAUACCCCCUGUCGUAUGACUCGUGGGAGUAUGAGGUACCCCUUCGGCAAGAUUGCCCUGACGCCGUUGACGAUUUUGACCAGGACGGUCAGAAGCAACGACAGCUAUCGUCGGAAGCUUCCCAGCACUAG